AUUGGAGCAGACGUCGCUAGGCUGCCACGUCCCGCCUACCGCGGCGGGUUGGGUGGGUGAAUCGGUGCGGCCGCUGGUUGUGCAGUGCCCGCUCGCCAGGGGGCGGAGAUCGGGGGCUGCCCGGCCGGGCCCCGGCCGCCCUAGGGUGCGUAGUGAAAACAACAAUGGAGCGAUUUGGAGUGAAAGCUCCUCCUUCCCGUAACCGUUCUAAGACGGCUUUGUAUGUGACCCCUCGGGAUCGUGUAACCGAGUUUGGGAGUGAACUGCAUGAAGAUGGAGGGAAAUUGUUCUGUACUUCCUGCAAUGUGGUCCUGAAUCACGUUCGCAAGUCUGCAAUCAAUGACCAUCUCAAGUCUAAAACUCAUACAAAGCGGAAGGCAGAGUUUGAAGAGCAGAGUGUCAGAAAGAAGCAGAGGACUCUGACUGCUUCUCUCCAAUGCAACAGUGCUACUCAGACAGAGAAAAUCAGUGUCAUCCAGGACUUUGUGAAGAUGUGCUUGGAAGCUAACAUCCCACUUGAGAAAGCUGACCAUCCAUCGGUGCGAGCUUUCCUGUCUCGCCACGUGAAGAAUGGUAGUUCCAUUCCGCAGUCAGAUCAGCUAAGGAAAAUGUACCUGCCUGAUGGAUAUGAGAAUGAGAACCAGCUCCUCAGUACAGAAGACUGUUGAGAAGAUGACUAUUUUCGGGAUGGAGUAUUAAAGUUACAUAUUGAUGGUGUGGUUUAUUUUUAUAUUCAUGCAUACACAGUGUUAUAUAUUGGUUUUACAGCUUAUUUUGUAUUACUGUCGAAAUGACAAUCUAUCACCAAAAUUAGUGAUGUGCCACAGACUCUUGAUAAUCCUACUGUAGAGUUUAUAUCCACUGUGAUUCAGAACUCAUUUUCAAGGUAGGGAACAUCAUAUUGCUGACUAUGUAAAGGCCAACCAUAACUGGUUGUGACAUUAACAAACGCUCACUUGUGCAUGGGAGACUUUCUAUGCCAACUCAAUCACCAACAUGACAUCUUCAUUACGCAAGAAAAGACCAAACAGUAGGAAUUACUUUACUACAUCAGACCGAUGGACCAUCUUUGUCCAGUAUUCUGUCUCUGUCAAUGACCAGGAAUAAGUCCUGUACUGUUAGAGUGCAAAAAGUCAUAUAAUGGCCAAUUACAUAGUAACCUGCACACAGAAGCAAAUUCUAACUGCUGGUAAAGGUUGACUUAUGCCUUGCAGCAUGGGGACUUAUAUCCUUUUUAAAAACACUUUUUAUCCUAUCUCAUGUAACUCUGGAUGUUCUUGUCUAUCUAAAUACCUAAUUAUGGCUUCACUUUUCUCUUAAAGCAAGGAGUUCCAUAGGUUUGUUACACAUCGCAUAAAAGAAAAAGCAGUUUCUAAUCUCAGUUUUAAAUUUGCUGUCUUGCAGUUUCAAUGUGCCUCCUUAUAGUAAGCCGACAGACUAGUGUCUUUGAGCAAGGUGCUGGCCUAUGAAACACAUGCCUGAUCACAGUCACUUAUACUAUAUUUUGCUGUGUGUUUUCCUAGCAUGACAGCAGAAGCAGAACAUCUUUUUAAUCUGUUACCUAUAAACCAGAACCCAGCUGGAGCUGAUCAGGACAUGGGAGCUGCAGUUCAAGAGCCCUACUUGAGGAUGGGGUCACUUAAGCUCUUGCACUCAUAUCCUUUUCCUGGGUCUUGUGCUUGUCGCAGACUAAGUGACCUCAAUGUGUUUUUAAAACAGUUAAUGUUGAUGCCAAAUAGCUCAUGUAGCUAUGAGGUAAGUGUACCGAAAAGGACGCAACAGAAGAAUAAGUGUUAUCUGGGUUUCAGUUCCUUUUCCAAGCCAGUGCCACAUUCACUGGAUCAUAAAAAAAGGGAAUUACUGUGUUUCAGUAAUGUAUUAUCUCUUUCUCUAAAUUGUGUAAUUCUCAACCCUUUUCACAUCUUUUUGAGGGGGAGUUGUGUUAUGCCUAUAUUAAGUAUGAUGGUAGCCCACUAAACUUUAGGGUCCAAGAAAGCUCUUGGGUGAGGAGAGAGAGAAUAUUGUGCAGAGGGAAGUAACACAACUGCCUUUUCUGCCUGCCUCCUCAGGGCUGGGAUUCUGUGAGGUGCUGAGCAUGUCCUAGGCAGUGCAACAUGCCCUCCACUCACCAUAAGUGUGCUGUCUCAGGUUUAGCUCCUAUUUUACUGCUUUUUCCCUGUCUUGGUUUUCACUAACUAUAUUUCUCAUUUUUCUUCAUUUUGCCCAUUUAGUGCUGACAGUAGCAUUAACUAAUUGCGCUUACAGGUGGGGUUGUAGAGGGACACAGAUUAGCCUAUUAAUUUGGUUGGUUUCUGCAGCUCGGUAGUGUAAAAUGCACAUCAGCUUGAAGAGAGGAAACAGUUUAAUGUGGACUAUUUUUAUGCAAUCUUCGAGAACUUGUCAGAUGAAUGGCUCAAAGUGUAUUCACACAAUUUAAUCAUUUCUUUCUUGCAACUGGUUGCCUGCUGUGCAAGGUGUCUUUGCAUAGACACAGCAAACUAAAUGAAUAGCGUGCAGGCAAAUUGUUGCACCGGUGCUGAGCCCCAUUGAAGCCAGUGAGGCUUGACAUAGAGCAGUCUCCCCAUUCAAUAUCAAUUGCUGGCUUAGGACUUCAGAGAGAAAUAGUAGAUGAAAUCUUUCUCCUCAUCUUGGAUGUCUCAAUUUGCCUUCACAAAUGUGAUUAGCUAUGGGAUGUGUUUGUUCCAACUUAGGAUCAUGCAUUGCCUGUUUCAUAUAAAUCCUCUUAAGACAUGAAUAUAAGUCACCAAUGCCAAUAGCCUUUUCUAUUUUAAAAAAAUUUUUCUUCCAUGACAGCUCCUCUUCUUGUUCAGUGGAGUCAUGCUAUCUGCACUUCAUUAAUCAAAGUUAGAUAUCAUUGAAUUAAUUUUCUACUCCAUCCAUACAGUUGUGGUAGGGUUGAAUCACAGAGGGGAAACAGUUGUAAGUAUUGAGAAAACAGCUUGAGUAUGAAUUUUUGAAAUCAGUCUUCCAUUAAAACAAAGAAAAAAGUGCAAUUUUAGGUGCUAGUUUGAGAUGACUAAUUCUGGCCUUGAUUUUUUAAAAUCAUUUUACAGGCUAUUGUUGAAAUUAAAGUCACUUUAAAAAGACCUAAACAGAAAUGUUUUUUCUGCUCUCUACUAUCAAACUAAUAAACCCGCUUCAAAAAGCUAUGCUAGCAUUAUGAUUAAGGAUACACAGACUAAUGAAACAAAAAAGGCCACUUCGGUCUUGUGUUGGAAGAAACAAAAUGUGUCAGACAACUUUGGUAAAUAAAUUAUGUUGUUUUUCAAGUAUCUAAGGAGAUUACUACAGAUAAUGGAAAAUAAAGCUCUUGAUGUCAGCCUUUUAAAACACUAUAUUUGUCUAUAUAAUGUGAUAAAAAUCUGUGGUCUAAAAUUAGACUUCCAUUAUAUCAAUUUACAAGUUUGAUGUAGUUCUUCACAGGCUUCCUCAAAUACUUCAGUGCCAAUUUUUCUUUUUUAAUGAAAAGUCAAUGCUAGCAGCACACCCUUGUAACAAACCUUAGGCGUGUCCAGAUAUCUUGGUGUCACUAAGUUUGCAUAAAUGUCCAAAAUAAUAAUGGAAAUACAGUGGGUGUUAUGAAAAGAAUAAAUAGACAUGUUAAAUACAAGGCACAUACUGUCUAUAUAAGAUAACGGGUGCUGUAUAGUGAAACCUUUUUGAAGUUUCACUGUAGCUGUACUAGUGGAAAAAUGAUAACCAUUUUUCUCUCUUGAAACUUUGGUUCAGAAAUACCAGACAUCAGUCUGUUAUGGCAAGUAUUCAUAAAUAAAAAUAUUAAAAAUACAAGUGGCAUUCCAGGCAAAUUUGAGUCUUGAAAAAGUAAGUGUGACAGGCAUGUGAUAUCGUAGAGUUAGGGGUCUGCUGCAUGUGAGUUAAUUUAUUAUGUUUCUUCUGUAAUUCUAAUCCAAAAUGUGGAUUCCAUUUUAAUCCAAAUUGCCUUUGAGACACUUGUUUUCUUUUAAAAUUAGAAAUGGGUCCCAUGCAAAGUCCCAGAAAACCCCUGCAAACUUUGUCAUGCUCAGAUAAAAAUUUUGCCCUUGUCUAAUUACACUUGGUUUUGGGGGGAAAUUUCAAUGAAAACUUCAAUUGGAGCUCAUCUCUAACUUUCAUAAAUAAGAGACUGUCUUAAGAAUUCAGUAUUUUAUUAAAUAGUUUAUUUAAAAAAUCCCAUGGGUUUUCCUUUUACAAGAAAUCUGCAUUAUUUUUCCAAAUGCUUCCUUGCGGGGGAGAACUCUUAGUCAGUGGGGUGGGAUGGUAGAAACUUCUGGUUUUCAAUUACCUCUAAUAUGGUAGAGUUAGGGGUCUGCUGCAAAUGGCUUUACCACUGUUAAAAUAUUUGCUUGUUGUGGUUGUUUUUUAACCUUGUAAAUAAACUAGAUUAACUAAUUGGCAUCUGUACACUACUUUGAAAUGCAUUUUUAAAAGCCAGUUUUCAGAGUAAGAAGGUAGGCAAAAACAACAUUCCAUAUUUCACAGUCGUUUGUGUGUUUAUGCACCAGGUUUAUUGUAGUUUGUUCAGGCAGUUUGUGUGUCACCAGGACACAACCAAUUCAAGUUCUUGAUUUUUUUUUAUUUAUUUAUUUCUUUUUUAGCUCUAAUUAUUUUAAAAGCAUUUAGAAAUCUGUAAUUUGGCUGGUCAUUAGUUCAUACAUUUUGCAUAGUUGGAGAGAGAAUGGUUUUCAAUUAAAAGAGAAACUUGGUUCUGCAAAGUGUUGGACAAUCUCAUGACAGAAAAACUCAUUAGCCUGAAAAGGAUUAUUUUAGUCUGGGUUUAUUUUUGUAUUUUAUUUUUAUUUUUUUUACUGCUUGUACGGAACUGAACAGUAAAGCUCUCCAGCCCUGGUUUGUUUGAUACCAUAUUGACCUAGUUUUCACAGAGUCUCUGGAAGUCUGGCAGUGAGAUAUAUUCUUUGUUUAUUGUGCUGACUUUGUACUCAUUGCUAACUUUUAUUUGCGCAAGCAUGUAACCUGAGCACUCAUUGUCUGUGUAAGAUUUUAAAGUUGUGUGUUGAAUUCAAUAAAUUUUUAAGCAAAAAAAAAAGUUGACAUUA